AUGACCCUUCCCACAUUUCGUCAUGGUCGUCGAUUCCUACAGGUCAUGCAAAACGAACUUGGAAAAAUCGUCGAGCAAGAUGGUGGUGCCGAUGUUCAGGGAUUCGCAUCCGAGGGUGAGAGGCUGAUGGGAUGGGGAUGGUUUAGAGGGCAGCUGUGUACGGAUUUGGAGGAGAUCAUACAAGAGCAGUACCAUCCGCAGUUGUUCCCUGCGUUGAUUGGUGCGUUGGAGGAUCCUGAACCACGAGUCCACUCACACGCCGCAGCGGCGCUCAUCAACUUUUGCGAGGGCGUUGAGCGUGAUACACUUCUACCCUACAUGGACCCCAUCGUCGAACGGUUAUUGAAGUUGUUGAAUCCGGGUCAAGGCGGUGGAGGUGGCAGUGGAGGUGGGGAUGGGAGUGGUGGGAUGGGAAGGAGAUAUGUACAGGAGCAGGCGAUUACGACGUUGGCUAUGGUUGCUGAUGCUAGUGAGGUUACGUUUGCGAAGAACGCGGAUGGGGCCGAGUAUAAGAAUUUGAGGAUUAAGGCGAUGGAGUGUGCUGGAUUGAUUGGCGCUGGUUCGGGUGUGGGGUUGGAUUUCGGGCUGGACGCUGGCGUUGCGCUACGUCGUUCGAAGACGCGUUCGGUUGUGCCUCCCUCGUCGUCCAGUCGUCCUCGGCGUCCCUCGCUUUGGGCUUUUGGUUCGUCGAUGGCGAUGUUCGACGUCGGCGAUGGUCCUUUAAGAGAGGAGGAUAUCCGUGAUUUUCAUUUCUUUGGGGAGGGACGGAGAGCUGACUGCUAUCCUCUUCUCUUCGUCCUCGAUUAUCCGCCAACUUCCGUUUCGGCAUUCUAUGGUACCUUCCUUUCCUCGUCCACUCCGGCGAACGUCACCGACCGACUCUUGACCACCAUUUCCCAUCGAAUCCCUCCUCGAAUCCCAUCUCGUCGUUCUAUGGUCCAUCCGUCGUCUCCCACACGUCUCGGGCCCACAGAGUCACCGCACGACCCGAACGAUACCCAACUCACACACUACCUCAUCGCGACGUGGGCGAAGAUUUGUCAAGCGAUGGGACAGGAGUUUGAGCCGUAUCUUCCAGUGGUAAUGCCUUCGUUGCUUAAUGCUGCGAGUGCGAAGGCUGAUAUUUCUGUGUAUGAUGAAGACGUCGAAAAUAUGGAAGAACGGGAGGGCUGGGAGGUGAUCGAGAUGGACGGUCAGACGUUGGGCAUCCGCACGUCGUCAAUCGAGGAUAAAUGCCAGGCGUUCGAGACGCUGGUCAUUUAUUGCUCGACGCUGGCCGAGAAGUACGCGCCGUACCUCUCGCAGACGUUGGAGAUUACGCUACCGGCUUUGAAGUUUUACUUCCACGAUGGCGUUCGGGAGGCAUGUGCCAUCAACACGCUAACAUCCCAAAUGGUCUCCGCGUCGUUCCACCAAAUCAUCCACUGCAUCUCCACCGAACACGACUCGUCCUUCCUCGGAUCACUCUACAAAUGUUUCCACGACUCCCUGCUCGUACUCGGUGGACCGACGUCCCUCCCCGCCGACUACCAAAAUGCGCUCAUCGAAGCUACGAAACGACAACUCCAAUCGAUGGCCGAUCGACGGAAGAUGCGCUCGAAUCGACUGAUGAGCGGCGGUGGUGGAGGAGCAGGGGCUGGAGCGUUGAGUUUGGAGCCGUAUGAGCGGGAGGAUAUGGCGAUGAUGGAGGAGGUUGAGGAUUAUGCGCUUGAAGAGGUGGGACGGGUCUUGAGUAUGUUUGAUCAGAAUCAUCCGUUGCUUGUUGCUGUUGGGAGUGUGAGGGAUUUGGGUGUUAGUUGGGCGGUUGGAGGUUUGGACGAUUCGGCGAUUGGAGGGGGUUACGAGUUGGAGGAGGUUGUGUAUGCGGAGGUGGGCAGGCGCGUCGGUAGAGGAUUUUGUACGACUGUAGAAUAG